GCGGCGGCGGCGGGCGCGGGCGGGCACCGGGAGGCCGCGGCGCGGAGCGAGCGGGCCAGGUCGCGCGGGGGGCGAGGGGAUCCGGAGUUGAGCCGGGUGCGCCCUCUCGGAGGGCGCAGGAUCCCAAGGAGACAGAGAGGACACGAGCUGGAGAGGCAUCCGGAGAGAGGCGGCGGGAGGCGCCAGGGGAGGAAAAUAGGGGGCAAACCUGGAGGGGAGCUUGGAGAGGGGCCAGGACACGAGGCUGGGGCUGCGGGGGAUCUGGGGACAGAAAUGGGUGAGGCGGAGAGCAGAGGGGGUUGUGCGCGGUCUGGUUAGUUGGUAAGAUCCGGAGGUGUUAAGUUUGAGUUGUGUAAGGGCUGGGCAGGGAGGAGGGGUCGCACGGGGAAGCCUAGGGGUGGGCAGCCGGAGGAGGAGAGCGGGGCUGCGAUCCAGGGACAGGUGGAGAUGGAGCAGGUAGUGGGGCGCGUGAGACGAUGACGGGCAGGCGGGCUGAAGUGUGAGGCUGGUGUGAGGAAGUGAAGCAGGACCCAGGUGGAGGUGGGCAAGUCUAGUAGAGGCAGCAUCUCAGGUGUGAGGCCAGCGCAGGCGGAGCGCGGCCCCAGGGUGAGCGUGUGCAGGGAGGGGACUCCACAGUGAGACCCUAGGCCAGGUCAGGGCGGUGCCCCCCUCCAUGACGGAAACCCCUCCCUGGAGUCCCUGAAGCCAUGCUGUCCCGCAAGGGCAUCAUCCCGGAGGAGUAUGUGCUGACUCGUCUGGCAGAGGACCCCACGGAGCCCCGGUACCGCGCCCGAGAGCGGAGGGCGCGCUUUGUGUCCAAGAAAGGCAACUGCAACGUGGCCCACAAGAACAUCCGGGAGCAGGGCCGCUUCCUGCAGGACGUGUUCACCACGCUGGUGGACCUCAAGUGGCCGCACACGCUACUUAUCUUCACCAUGUCUUUCUUGUGCAGCUGGCUGCUCUUUGCCAUGGUCUGGUGGCUCAUCGCCUUUGCCCACGGUGACCUGGCCCCCGGAGAGGGCACCACGGUGCCCUGCGUUACCAGCAUCCACUCCUUUUCAUCCGCGUUCCUUUUCUCCAUCGAGGUCCAGGUAACCAUUGGUUUUGGUGGCCGCAUGGUGACAGAGGAGUGUCCACUGGCCAUCUUGAUCCUCAUUGUGCAGAAUAUCGUGGGGCUCAUGAUCAAUGCCAUCAUGCUGGGCUGCAUCUUCAUGAAGACUGCGCAGGCGCACCGGCGCGCGGAGACCCUCAUCUUCAGCAAGCACGCGGUCAUCGCUCUGCGCCACGGCCGCCUCUGCUUCAUGCUGCGCGUGGGUGACCUCCGGAAAAGCAUGAUCAUCAGUGCCACCAUCCACAUGCAAGUGGUCCGAAAGACCACGAGCCCUGAGGGCGAGGUGGUGCCCCUCCACCAGGUGGACAUCCCCAUGGAGAAUGGUGUGGGUGGCAACAGUAUCUUCUUGGUGGCCCCACUGAUCAUCUACCACGUGAUCGAUGCCAACAGCCCGCUGUACGACCUGGGACCCAGCGACCUGCACCACCACCAGGACCUCGAGAUCAUCGUCAUCCUGGAAGGUGUGGUGGAAACCACGGGCAUUACCACCCAGGCCCGCACCUCCUACCUGGCUGACGAGAUCCUGUGGGGCCAUCGCUUUGUCCCCAUCGUGGCGGAGGAGGAUGGCCGCUACUCUGUGGACUAUUCCAAGUUUGGCAACACCAUUAAAGUGCCCACACCACUCUGCACAGCCCACCAGCUCGAUGAGGACCACAGCCUGCUCGAUGCCUUGACUCUCGCCUCGACCCGUGGGCCUCUGCGCAAGCGCAGUGUGCCCAUGGCCAGGGCCAAACCCAAGUUCAGCAUCUCUCCGGAUUCCCUGUCCUGAGUCAUGGUCUGUGGGAGCCCACCAUGAAUGUGUGCACUCGGGCAGUGUGUUGUGGUAUGUAGAGCGGGUGAGAUGUGGGCCCUGCGGGCUGAGCAGGAGCCUGGAGUGAGGCUGGACUCUCCUCAGCUCAGCCACCCCCUGCUGCGUGACCAGGGUGUUACAAGGCACUUGUCACUACGCUAUUUCUGGCCUCAGCAGGAGUCUAUACCAGGUUAUUUUUGUCCCUGCUCCUCCCAGCCCCAGCUCAGGACUGACUUACCUUUCUCUCCCUGCCCAAGCCUGGAGGGGGCGGGCUGUGGGAACUGUCAGGCCCUAAAGCUGGGUCUCCAGCUAGUCCUGCCCCCCAUGAUUGGCCUGCUACAAGCAGAAAGUGGCUGCGGAGAAACAACCCCCCAGUUGGGGACCUAUUGCUCUGUUUCUGUGCCCUUGAGAAAUAGCUGCAACCAGGCUCCAGGCUUCCUUGGUCUCUGAAGAAGUGAUGGGCUAAGGGGUGGGCCUGAGCAGUCAGGGAGGGGGAGACAGAGGCUUGUAGCUGCCACGCACACAGAGACAGGCUGAGGCUGGCAGGGCUCCCGUCUGUGGGCAGGCAAGGCCAGAAGGGAUACAGCACGGUGGGGUCGGGGGGGGGUGCGUGACACAAGGAGGCUUGGUGAUCACAGCCAAGGCUCUGAGAAGAAGAGAUGGACCCGGCUCUCCACUGUUCACCCCGAACACCAGGCUUCUGCAGAGAGGGCUCCAUGGGCAGGGCCUGCUGGUCCCAUUCAGUCCCCUCCCUGAGAGGCUGGAGUGGACUGGGAAGACCCUGACAGGCUGAGUACACAGAGACUGAGGUGAGGGCUCAUAUACUGGACUUCACAGUGAACUUCUCUCCUGGCUGGCCAGUGAUAUAGCUGUGACUUGCGUUGUCUGUCUGGAGGGAGGCGGGGGUGGAGGUGGGGAGACCCCUUUUGGUUGCUGAAAAAGGAGUAUUGGAAAGUUGAGGAUGUUGGGGUGGGUGGGUCCCAGAGAUGAAGAAGUCCCUGGGUUGACCCAAGCCAGGACUCUCAAGAGUGGUGCUGUGCCCUUGUUCAGAAUCCUGCCUUCCCCAUUGUCAAUAAAGCCUGCCCCUCCACAACGUCA